AUUAUGUUAUAUUGCGCUUCUAUUCCUUGCUGUGUUUCCUGACUGCAGGAAUGCAAUGGAUAUGGAAUGCAAUUGAGAAUAAUCCCCGUCCUUUGGAUGUCUCAAGCACCAAAAGAUCAAACCGAAGGACUUACUGUAGACUCAUGGAGAAGCCUUCGACCCAUGCCAUGGGGCCGCUGCGGCCUAGCCUUCCAGUCUACACGCCAAGCGUUCCGAGUCCACGUGGUGCGCCAUGGGACACCAAGGCUAGACACAAGGUUCGCGUCGACCCUUGGCGAAUGAGGCGAAUAGCUGCUUUCCUGACACCAGUCCUGUACAAAUGCCGUCGCCACCGGAAGACGAAGCGGCAAUCACAGAAAGCUCAGGCAUCUCAGGAGAAGGACGAAGAAAAGUCGCUUGAAGAGAAGUUCAAUGACUUCACUACAGUGCUUCCAUGGUUCGGCUUCGCCGCAGACAUCCAGCAGCUUCACGCUGAGCGGCGAACGCGUGCGCGGGAGGCAGCAGAGGGCACUGAGCUCCAGCAGCGCUUGCGAUUGGCGGAUCGGAGUGACCUUUGCAACGCCCUGCGCCAUGCGUACGAGAAGAAUCCAGCGGAGAUGCCAGAGGUGGUUGAGGCUGUCUUGCAGUAUGCGGAAGCAACGAAGACACGAACAGAACCAACAAAGGUUAUUGAUGAUCUUUGUGGGCGAUGGGAAGCAGUUUGGAGCGGCGCCUUUACGCCGCUCCAGAAGUUUGGAAUACCUCGGCAAUCACUGUGGGUUGAGGUUACCCCAGGAAAGGAUGGGGAUCCGCCUAUUGUCACCGCACAUAGUGGUUUACCCUUGGUUCUUUUUGGUGCCUACUUGUGGACUUCGUGUGCGGGCGAUUUGCUGCCUGCAGAAAGUGCCAGCGGAAGCCAGGUGCUGAUCCAGUUUACUCGCUAUUGGAUAGACAUCGGCAGGGAACCGCGGCCCGAUAUUGGUCGCGUUGAUGGUGGCUUUAUCAACAGCCGCCUUAGUGCAUUUGGUGCUGCGCUGGUGACGCCCGUGCUGCUUGAGUUUGGUGCUCUGAAGUGGCUUUUGGAACGCUUUGGCUUCCAGAGAGUCUUCGAGGUGGAAGUUCCAAGCCCGGAGAAAGAGAAGACGGUGAAGCUGCAGGCCUCCUUGGAGCUUUACCUCACUCUUUUGGCCCGCGUGGCCUUUCCUGACAGCCUCUCCACUUGUCCAGUACCUUUCUUGGACGUGAAGGAGGGCCUUUGUGUCUACGAGAUCCCUAUGCUGGGGCCGUUGGGAGAUUUGCCGUUGCAUCCCGGCGGCAACAGUGCGACCUUGGUGGCACGGAAGCUUGCGGAAGAUGAGCCAGUUCAGCUGAUGCGAUGAGGCCAAGCUUGGCUACUGAGUGAGCAAAGUGACCACGCUUCUUAAAUGAGAUCGUUUGCAUCGACAAA